AUGCUACGGAGUACAGCGACUCGGCAGACACGCGCCUGGUCAAAAUCCUGCGUCCGCCAUACAAAACAAGUUGCUGCAAAGAACACGGCGGCAGAGGAUGCCUUUGGGUUAGCAGCGACAAACGAUGUCUUGCUGGAAGACAUGACAUCGCUGCAGAUGGAUGAGCUGCAUGAACACAGACAACUACGAGACUACUACCGCAAGAUCAUUUAUGAACUCCCACAACUCGAAGCACUGAAAAAGCCGCCACAGAAACCAUCCGCAACGCAAGUCUUGCAGUUCAGGCAAACGACGUAUUUCGGGGAAGAGCAUCCAGCGAUGCAUAAAGUGACGCUACAAGUCAAGCUACGUGACCUUGCAGCUGCUCAGAACCUCUCACCCGUCCAUCUCUCGAAAUUGGUCAAAUUGGCAGGGACGCGGGUCGAUCAUGAUACACUACUCCUUCGCAUGUCGAGCGAGCAAUUCGGUUCAGCCAAGGAGAAUCGACGACAUCUCUCUGCCGUGCUGGAUAAAUUGCUCGCUGAAUGUCAACAAGGUGACUUGUUUGAGGAUGUGCCCAUGGAUCGUCGGCAUAUGAAGAAGUCGAAGCGACCCAGUUUCCCAAAGCAUUGGCGUGUUCCUCAGCCUGUUGCAUCUUCAAAGCAUCUCAUAUAG